GCGAUCCCGGGAAUAUGGCGGGGGGAUCCCGAGGACAGUAGUGAGCUUCCAGUGGGGAACUGGACUAUGGAGGCAGCUCUGGGGAUGAUGCGGGAGGCAUCCCGGAGAUCUGGGGGCGAUUCCGAGGCGGAACCAGAACCGUCCCAUGCGCCCGGGUGGUACAGGGAAUUUGGAAUCAGGCCCGGAGGCGGUGCGGGGGUAGAUCCCAGGAAUCUGGAGGUGAUUCCGAAAAUUUCGGGGCGAUCUCGGGGGCAAUAUAGGGGGUCCAUGGCGGUAUCAGGAAAGGGGAGGCGGCCUCGGGGGCGACUCCGGAGGCGGUGCCGGGAAUCGGAGGGCGAUUCCAGGGGCGGUCCCGAGCCGGUCUCGGUAUCCCCGCUGGCGGUCCUGAAGAAGACUCCGGGGCAGUCCCUCGGCCGGGGCUGGUGCCAGGAGCCACGGGCGGUGCCAAGGGCAGUCCCGGGGCGGAGCUGAUCGCGAUCGCGGUGCUGGUGUCGGGGCAACGACGGAGCCCGGGACAUGGCGGGCCUGAGCUCCCCGGAACCGAGCACCGGCCCCGGUCCCGUCCCGGCCACUCGCGUGGAGCUCACGGUGUCCUGCAGGCAGCUUCUGGACAGGGACACCUUCUCCAAAUCGGACCCACUCUGUGUGCUGUACACGCAGCGUCCUGGCAGCCACCAAUGGCGAGAGUUUGGCCGGACUGAGGUCAUCGACAAUUCCCUGAAUCCUGAUUUCCUGCACAAGUUUGUCCUCGAUUAUUGCUUUGAGGAGCGGCAGAACCUGCGCUUUGACUUGUAUGAUGUGGACUCCAAGAGCCCUGACCUCUCCAAGCAUGAUUUCCUGGGCCAGGCAUUCUGCACCCUGGGGGAGAUUGUGGGUUCAGCUGGCAGCCGCCUGGAGAAACCCCUGACGUGA